CAUAAUGCACUGGGCAUCCAGCGCAUCGCUGAGGUCCUGUUCAAACACUUUCCCCCUUUCCUCCUCUCUCUCCAUCUCCGAGCGCUAUGCAAUAUCUUCUCCGGUCUGGUUCGGUCGCAGUACUGCGCCGAGCCGGUGCUCGGUCGCUUGCAAUCGGCGCCGCAUCGGUCAAGCGGGAUGUAGCCCGGCUCAAGAUUGCUGAAAUAGAUUCACAAUCAGCGCAGGUCGCACCACAGCUUAUCGAUGCUUUUAAUCGCGAGCACGAUUAUCUUCGGAUAUCUCUCACCGAAAAGUGUAAUCUACGAUGUUUCUAUUGUAUGCCCGAAGAUGGCGUAGAGCUAUCCCCUCCUCAGCAGCUCCUCACGGACGACGAGGUUGUGCAUCUGGCGGAACUCUUCGUUCGCGCGGGAGUAAGGAAGCUCCGACUUACUGGUGGGGAACCCACCGUUCGAAGAAACAUUGUCGAGUUAGUUGGCAGACUGUCCGGCCUCCGCGAUCUCGGCCUGCAAUCAAUUGGCAUGACGAGCAAUGGAUUAGCCUUGCAUCGCAAGCUUCCCGAUCUGGUGGAGAAUGGUCUAACACAUCUGAAUUUGAGCCUCGACACCCUUGACCAGUUCAAGUUCGAGCUAAUCACGCGACGUCGCGGGCACGACGCGGUGGUCAAAUCGCUUGACACUGCGUUGAGCUUACCCGGAUUACAAUCGGUCAAGCUCAACGUGGUAGUUGUGAAAGGUCUGAAUGACUCCGAGGUGUUUGACUUUGUCGAAAUGACUAAGGAGCGUCCAUUAUCCGUCAGAUUCAUCGAAUUCAUGCCAUUUACGGGCAACAAAUGGGACAAAGCGAAGAUGGUUCCAUCUGGGGAUCUUCUACAUCGCAUAGCCUCGCGAUAUCCCAAUGUUCGCAAGGCUGAAGAUUCGCUCAACGAUACAGCACGAUCAUACGAGAUUCCUGGGCAUCGAGGCAGCAUUGCAUUUAUCAGCAGCAUGUCUGACCACUUUUGUGGUACAUGCAACCGCCUACGCAUCACUGCAGAUGGAAACAUCAAAGUUUGCUUGUUCGGUCCGAAUGAAGUGUCUCUACGCGACGCACUCCGCUCAGGGGCAACAGAGGAGGAACUGAUGGGCUUGAUCGGGAUGGCUGUGGGGCGGAAAAAAGCGAGGCACGCAGGUCCCAUCUUCUCCCCGUCUCCGAGAAGGCUGUGUCCGCCGUCCAGGCUUCUGAUUCCCACUUUCCCAUUAUGGACAUUGACGUCGUCACCAAAACAUCGGCAUUCCACCGCCGAGCACAGCACAUUCAUGCACACCUCGGCGGUCGAGGCGGCCGAGAGGUCCGAAGGCCCAAAGCUUUCGCACGUGGACGCAUCCGGCCGACCCGCAAUGGUCGACGUGACCGACAAGCCUGUGACUUCUCGGACAGCAAUCGCGCAAGGCCGGAUCUACCUCAACCAAAUCGCUUUCGAUCUUGUCACGGACCCGGGUUCCGUGACGGGACCCGCCAGCGAGCUGAGCCCAGUCACGACAGACCGGGUCGCCAAGGCGCUCUCUAAAGGCCCGGUUCUCCUCACGGCCGAGCUGGCCGGUAUCCAAGCAGCCAAACGCACCUCCUCGCUCAUACCCCUCUGUCAUCCCCUCCCGCUCACACAUGUUAGCAUCACGCUCUCCCCUGAACAAGACGAUGAUUCGCGUUCGGGUUCGCGUUGGAUCCAGUGCGUAGCCAAAGUCCGCUGCGACGGCAAGACGGGCGUGGAGAUGGAAGCGCUUACCGCGGUCUCGGUCUCCCUCCUGACUGUGUGGGACAUGCUGAAAGCCGUCGCUGGCGCGGAGAUGGAGAUUGGGGACGUGCGUGUGGUACAUAAGCAGGGAGGGAAGAGCGGGGACUUUUUGACACCGGGAGAGCCGAGCGCUUAGCGGUGGGACUGUGGGGAAGAUGAUGGGCGGCGUCGCUCGCGGCGCUGGGCGGGGCAAUGACUCUCCGGGGCAGCCAAGUUCCGUAUCGUCGACACCCGGGAUCUCAUCCCACGGAUUUUCCGGAGGGACUUGUCAUUUCGUUCCCGCCAGAUCGCGGAAAGCCUACAGAACCCGACCAUCAUGUAAUCCCGACUGGGG